GUGGAUUGUUGGACAAUGAAUCGAUUAAUAUUAAUAUAUUGCUUGGUCCUACUAAGUGAAAAAAGUAAUUGCGUAGUUUGGGAGUUUGGAAACGAUAUUGAAGACAGCUAUAUACUUGCCAGCUAUAAAGGCGAAGGACCAGUCCUGGCAAAAUUCAAGCAACUUCAAUUUUAUCUUCCGCAUUGUUACUACACGGUGUAUGUAAGAGUCGAAGUGGACAACCCCGUGAUGUUACCGAAGACAUGUAAGUGCUCAGUAAAAGAGUUUGGAGUGGAUCAUACAAAAACUACAGUAAUUGUACACAACCGGGGCAUGAUGUCAGAGGGUCAAGUAAAAAAAAUCAUACCAAUGAAAGUUCCAAAAUGUUAUAAAAUAAUUUACGUGAGAGUAGAAGUGGCUAAUGAUGAGACAUCACCAAAAAUCAAGUUCGACAAGAAAGCUAAAAUCAUUAUAAUAGAUUACGUAACGCCACCAAACACUGAAUCACAGUAUGAAAUUAUUGUGAAAGGUGUGGAAGAACAGAAAUGUAGGGAUACCGUACCAGAGACAUAUAGAAAAAUAGCUACUGAAACUCCAGCACAUGGUUACAAAGGCAAACUUUUACCAGCUUCGUACAGAGUCAGUUAUAUCUAGAUAAGAAUCACCUAAUAUAUCUACUUUUAGUUACAAUUUCAAAUUGAAAACUGUAUACUUGGUAGAAUUUCUUAUCAAGUUGUGUCACAUCGAGGUAUAUGAAUAUUAAAGAAUAUAUAUUAUGUUAA